UGAUAAAAACUCGAUUUAUAUAUGUGUUGUGUGUGUUAAUUUGGAGAGACAAGUGGCUGCAACACUUGCAUUGAGUUCGACUUUGAUAGUUUGAGUUUGAAUAUUAUAAGUUAAGGUCCACGAGAUAGAUAGAUAGAUAGAAAGAAAGAGAUUUUGAAACACAGAUGGGAUACUGGAAGUCUAAGGUUCUUCCCAAGAUCAAGAAGGUUUUUGAGAAGAAUAGUACUAAGAAAGCUGCUGCUGCUGAGGCCUCGAAGUCCUUCGAUGAGUCUAAGGAGGAAUACAACAAAGCCUUCGAAGAAAAUAAGAUUGAACUUCAAACUAAAGUAAUUGAAAUAUACGAGGCUUCAUCAACUGAAAUCAAGGGUUUGGUCAAAGAUCGCAAUGAAGCUGGGCUAAAGAAGAACACCGCAGCAGUCCACAAGUUCCUAGAAGAGCUUGUUAAAAUUGAUUUCCCUGGAUCAAAGGCAGUAUCUGAAGCAUGUUCCAAGUUUGGACCAGCCUCAGUUUCGGGCCCAGUUUUCUUUGUUUUUGAGAAAGUAUCAACUAUCAUAGUUACAGAAGAGAAAGUUGAGGCCCCUCCUACAGCAACUAAAGCAGAAGAAGAAACAAGCACUGUUCUAGAGAGAGAAAUAGUUGUUGAAGAAGAGAAAAAGGAAGAGGAGAAACCACAAGUAACAGAAACAACUGAGAAAAAAGAAUCAGAACCAUCUUCAGAAGCUAAGAUAGAAGAACAACCAGCUGAACCUGUUGCCUCAGAUGCUAAAGAAGAGAAACCUGCUGAACCAACUUCAGUAGUUGAACAAGCAGAACCGCCAAAGCCAUGAUAUCUUCAAUCUGAAUAGCACCUAUAGUUGCUGGUUCUUGAAGAUGCAAAUAUACGUGUAUCUUUAGUUUGCAAAUACUCAAAAUUGUUACAUACCAAUCUCUUAUUCUUUUAUUUUUCUGUGAUUAUUGAUUUGUGUUUUUGCUUAGUUUGAUGUUUUGAGAUUUGAUAAUUGAUGUGCAUGUGAAUGUUUGUUGUGGAUCAUUCUGUAAUUUUCAUUUGCAGUUUUUAAGUCAGAGAAUUGUGAAGUGCAUGAAUCAUUAUUUUUGUUCAUCGAAUCCUUAGUGUAUGUUGUUACAUUUAAAGAUUUAUCAGUUCCAUUAUGGUAGUCCUGUACUUUGGCU